AUGAGCGACAGCCAAGAGAAAAAUGGCCUUCGGCUGCAUUGGAAGUCGUUGGCGGCUUGCUCGCUGAUUUCCAUGUCGCCGUUUCAGUAUGGAGUGGAUUUUACUUUGAUCGGUGGUUUCCAGGCCAUGAUUGGAUUUUUGAAGGUCUUUGGAGAGCCUUCGCCCAACACUUCAAUUGGAUGGAACAUCUCUUCCGAGCGCCAGCAGCUGAUUUCUUCGCUUAUGACCUUGGGUGCCUUCGUAGGAUCAUGCUUAGCUGGACCCAUCGCAACCUACAUCGGCCGGAAGUCGUCUUUGUAUCUUGCAGUCCUCCUGAUCUAUGUUGCAAAUGUUGUUAUGAUGACCACCGAUAGUAUCGGCGGUCUGUAUGCUGGUCGAUUAAUCAUGGGGCUCGGAAACGGUUUCUUAAUGACAUUCUCCCAGUUGUACAUCCAGGAAUGCUCUCCCGCCCGCUACCGCGGCCUCAUGCUAGGCGCUUUCCAAUUCUGGACUUCCUUCGGCUCCCUUCUCGGAACAAUUGUUGACAACUUCACCGCGAAGAUAGACGGCAAGAAUAGCUAUAUCAUUCCUUUAGGAUUGGUAUUUAUUAUUCCCGCUUUCUUGUGCGGUGGUAUGUUUUUCAUCCCCGAGUCUCCCCGCUGGCUGAUGCAGCAUGACAAAGUCGAGGAAGCACGCAAAGCGCUUGUCUGGCUCAGGCCUGAUCAGGAAACCGUGGACAAGGAGAUGGAGGAUAUUCAGACUGCGAUAGAACUAGAGCAGGAUAUGGCUAAUGGUGUAUCGAUUUGGGACAUGUUUGCAAACCCUGUCGAUCGGCGCAGAACUAUCCUUGCCGUUGCCGCUGUGAGCACUCAGGCUGCUUCUGGUGCUAUGUUUAUGAUUGCCUACGGAACUUAUUUCUUCGAAAUGGCCAAUGUCGGCAACGCCUUCGAGAACAGCUGCAUUCUCACUGCAAUCGGCGUGGUCGCCAUCCUGAUCAACAUCGCAGUCAUCACUCACAUUGGACGCCGCCGACUCUUCUUGACAGUUGGAUUGAUACUCUGCGGAUUCAGCCAGCUUAUUGUCGCAGUUGUCUACACUGUUAACCCGGGUACACUGGCCACUGGGAAAGCCAUUGUUGCUCUUUCCGUUCUUUUCAUCUUUGCAUACAACGGCAUGAUCUCGACCUAUGCUUGGGUCUCGGGUGGAGAGCUCCCCUCUCAGAGACUGAGAUCUUAUACCUUUGGGCUCGCGGCGGCAGUUGGAUUCCUAGGUGCUUGGUUGACAACCUUCACCGCACCCUACUUCAUCAACCCAGACUCUUUGAAUUGGGGUCCAAAGUAUGGGUACAUUUGGUUCCCUUCCUGCCUCGUCGCCGCUGCCUUUAUCUACUUCUACCUACCUGAGGUUAAGGGUCGGACCCUUGAAGAGAUUGACGAGAUGUUCGAGCAACGCCUCCCAGCUCGGAAGUUUUCCUCUUACAAGUGUGUUGGUCCGGCAGCACUCGAGCAGAGGCUCAAGGCCGAAGAAAGUCUGGCACAUGGGGAAGUUGAAGACAACGAGGCCAGAGAUUCAGGUGAUUCUGAGAAGGUUGCCACAGAGACUAUUGAGAACAAGGUUUGA